UUCUGAUCCAGCCGGCCAGUCACGACCUUGACUUUUGCGCUGAAAGUCACACAUUGUCUUCGUUAACAGACCGAAAGAGACAUGUCGUUUGCAUCGAAGACUGUCCCUACUAGGCCGUUUGAUGGCCAAAAACCAGGGACAAGCGGUCUUCGGAAGGCAGUACCUGUCUUCCAGCAAACGCAUUACACUGAGAACUUUGUACAGUGCACGCUGUCAGCUGGUCUAGGAGACAAAAUCGUAGGAAGCACUUUAGUGGUUGGAGGAGAUGGAAGAUUUUACGGGACUGAAACCACUUCUCUGAUUAUCAAGAUUUGUGCUGCAAAUGGGGUUGGAAAACUUUUAAUCGGCCAAAAUGGUAUAUUUUCAACUCCUGCAGUUUCGUGUGUCAUCAGAAAAUAUCAAACAAAUGGUGGAAUUAUACUGACAGCCAGUCACAACCCUGGAGGUCCAAAUGGGGAUUUUGGGAUCAAGUUUAAUACAGCAAAUGGAGGCCCAGCUCCAGAAGGUGUGACUAGUGCAAUCUACGAGGGCACCAAAACCAUAUCAGAGUACAAGAUCUGCCCUGAUUUAGAGGUGGACUUCUCCAAACUGGGCACGCAGUCCUUCACUGUGGAUGGAAGACAGUUUGUUGUGGAUGUCCUAGAUUCUGUAACUGACUAUGUAGAUUACAUGAAAGAAAUCUUUGACUUUGAAGCCAUUCGUGAACUUUUGGGUGGUGGUGAUGGCCAAAGUGGCUUCCAGAUCUUGCUUGAUGCCAUGCAUGGUGUAACUGGCCCUUAUGUGAAAAGGAUCCUGUGCACAGAGUUAGGUGCCCCUGAAUCGAGCGCUGUAAACUGCACACCUCUACCAGAUUUUGGUGGUCAUCAUCCCGACCCUAAUUUGACGUAUGCAGCCAGUUUGGUGGAAGAACUGAAAAAAGGGAAGCAUUCAUUUGGAGCAGCAUUUGAUGGCGAUGGGGACAGAAACAUGAUACUGGGUAAGAACGCCUUUUUUGUGACUCCCUCUGACUCAUUGGCUGUGAUAGCUAAUAACCUUGAGUGUAUCCCUUACUUCAAGAAGUCUCCCGCAAAAGGCUUUGCACGCAGUAUGCCUACAGCAGGUGCGGUAGAUAGGGUGGCCAAACAGAAGGGCCUUCAGUGCUACGAGGUUCCCACUGGCUGGAAAUUUUUUGGUAACUUGAUGGAUGCCGGCCGAUUGUCCAUCUGUGGGGAAGAAAGCUUCGGCACUGGAUCUGAUCACAUCAGAGAGAAGGAUGGAAUUUGGGCUGUGCUGGCGUGGUUGUCCGUUCUAGCAGACAAAAAGCAAGGUGUGGAGGACAUUCUCAUGGAGCACUGGAAAAAAUAUGGCAGAAACUUUUUCACCAGAUAUGAUUAUGAGAACUGUGAGUCAGCUCCAGCCAAUCAAAUGAUGAAGAACCUGGAAGACCUCAUUGCAGACCCAGCUGUGAUUGGUGGAACCCAUUGCCAUGGUGACAAGACCUACAAAGUGACAAAGGCAGACAACUUUGAGUAUACAGACCCCAUUGACAAAAGUGUCACAAAGAAACAGGGCAUCCGCAUAAUUUUUGAAGAUGACUCGCGGAUUAUUUUCCGACUAAGUGGCACAGGAAGCAGUGGAGCAACAAUCAGGAUGUAUGUGGAAGGAUACGAGUCCAAUCCAAGCAAAUACGCCCUAGACGCUCAAGUUGUGCUCAAACCUCUGGUGGAGAUAGCACUACAAGUUUCGCAGCUACGAGAACUGACUGGCAGACAGGAGCCCACAGUCAUCACAUAAUUCAUAAUCUCAUAGAUCACAGACACCGGAAACUAUCACACACUUCAACAACAGCUUAAUUUCCCUUCCAGAUGUUUUCUUGUAUCAAUUUUCUUUCUUUUUUUUUCUUGUUGUUACAACGAUGACUGGUCUCAAGCUGUCCCACGAUCAUGAACAAGAAGGAAGUCUGUGGGGAAAAAAGGAUCAACAGUGCUAGAAAGAAUUCCAUCAAUGACCGGAUAUUUAAAUCAGUGAAUUUGUUGCGAAUGGAUUUGUUUCCAAACUUGAUUGUACUUCUAUGGUUUCUAAAUGUUACAGAUAGUGUGACAGUUGUGAGUUCAUCUGUAUCAAAUUUUUAAUGAAACCUCUAUAUGUAUUUGAAUAUUAAUAAGAUGUAGUAGUUCAGUUUAAAACAGUCUUAAGUAAAAAAAAAUUUUUUCCUGUUUUUUUUUUUUUUUUU